ACCAAGACCAUAUCUGCGUGGUCGUGAGACGAGGUCAGAAGGAGAUGGCCUACCAGGCUGAAUAGGGGUGAAGAAAUAUGAGGAUUUACUAGCCUUCUAAGGACUCUCAAGCGCGCGAGGAAGCAAUGGAGAAUGGUCUGAAUGACAUGCGCUCACCCAAGUCGCUGUACAUGGUGGCCAAGCUGGAAAGGCUGGAGGAUAAUGCCACGCGAGUCAGGGAUUCGGUCGUUAUCAUUCCCCUCAAUGCCAGAGGCCCGACCCAAAAUUGAGACAAUGCUGGCAGAUCAUCACCCUUCUCUCCCUCUGUCACAGACGGGCUACGACCGAGAACGCCAUCUGCUCUGGGAAGCAAGCGGACCAGCUCUUGAUUUAGUCGCAGGCCCUCUAAGUGUUUGCCGCCAUGGAUUUAUCUACGGGCCCCUAUCUUGGAUAUUCAGUCUCAUGGCGCUGCAAACUGACGGGUUUUUGCCGCCCAAGGAUUCGAGCUGUUGCAAGGUCGAUGUGUUCGGGGCUUUUUGUGAGUGCCUUUCCCUCCCGUCUCCCUCGCCAUCUUCCGUCACUCCGAGUUUAAAAGAGCAGUGUGUUGACGGAGCAACGCCUAAUCGCUAGUUGCGAGCGUCAUGUGCACAUUACUGCUUUGCGGUCUUGGGCUGCUGCAUGUCAGCUUCAACUUAAUGGAAGCCUAUUUCAAAUGGGCUGCCGGAACUGGGAUAGGGUUCAAGCCGCGUCCAGCCUGAAGUCAUUAGCCGCAAGGCAAGCUCGCAGAAAAGUAAA